AUGUCUGGAAACAUUAGCCAUAGAAUCAAUCAAAACGGCAAUAUUGGUCUGGUGCAAGGUGUAAACUAUGGUGAUAAUAUUCGAUAUGAAACUCAAGGAAGCAAGACCCUGAAACAUAUUGCACAGGAUGCACAUGAAAGGACUAAAACAGCGUGGGAACAUUCCGGAACAUGCAGCUGGCUAUUGCAGGAGACCGAUCUUCAAUCAUGGCUGAAAAUGGAUGAGGAAUAUUCCUUUCUUUGGCUUUAUGGCAUUCGAGGGUGCGGAAAAUCAACUUUGAUGUCUCGUUUAAUUGAGAGCACAUACCAGGAUCGAUUUCCGAUGAAAGGACAUGGAGCUAUACGUCUAUUGUACUUCUACAUCAGCGACGAAAAUAAUCCAGAAAGCUAUCGAAACAUGUUGAUGACAUUUUGGGACCAAGCGGUUCUAAAAACCGAAGAACGAUCGACCCAUACUUUCGUAAAUAAUCGUGAUACACAGUUUCUUGAGAGCAAGCUGCAUGAACUGCUUGUUUCCUUGAAACGCGAUAUAUACAUCUUCAUUGAUGCCGUGGAUCAACUUUAUUCACGUUCUCGCUAUCAAAUGAUCAUGGGACUCAACGAGAUGGUUCAAAAGUUCAAGGGGACAUCAAUCAACCGCAUCAGUGUAGCCAUCAGCUCUCGUGAUUGCGAUGGUAUGGAGAAUCUACGAAAACACAAACUGUUUCCGAUUGAAGUCACGGCGGAGAAAAGUAAAGGAGAUAUCGCAACUUACCUGUCGAAAAAUCUCCAGUCAGCAGUCUUACGACGCACAUCUAAGCUUAGGCAGCAGGUUUAUGACAAAUUAAUGCAGAAAGCUGAUGGGAUGUUCUUGUGGAUAUGCCAAAGAGCGAUUGCUCUUCUAGCACAUAAUAUAGAACCAAUGCCAAAAGAGGUUCUCAUUAUAGCUGUCUCCUUGGAUGCCAAGGGGAUACCAAACCAGAAAUUAUACCAAGAACUGAACCGCAAGCCUACUAUGAUUAUUCGCUAUUGCAAUUAUUUGCUGCGCAUGAACGAAAAACUUGGAGUCUUUCAAUUCUGCCAUGAAACUGUCUUUGAAUUCUUCAGAAAAUACAAGCCAGAGAUAUACAACCACAGGAUUGCCCGAGUCUGUUUGUCUUACUUGUGCUCACUGGAUCUCCCUCGAGGUCUUUCGAAUGAUGCUACAUGGUUCAACCCGGGUAGUCUUGAGGAAAUCCUUCAGAAGGAGCCAUUUCUAUCAUUCGCAUCUUCUAACUGGGCUACCAGCCUUGGGAAGAGCUUCGUGCCUGAAGAUGGAAACAACCCAGAAAUAAGACAUUCUGGAAUUUUCAAUCUGUUGAAGAUACUUUUUGGCAAGGACGGAGCAGUCGAAGAGAGAGGUAAUUUGCAGCUAUCAUUUCAGAUACAUAUGCUCAACCUGAGAAAGAAGAUACCCAAAAACAUCACCUACAUCCACAUCAUUAGCUACUUCGCUCUUUUCAGACUGUUUGAUACUUUGAGAGAUAGAGGGUGGCUUAACCCGAAUAAAUCUGAUAUUGACGAGUUGAGGCCGAUCCACUGGGCUAUAAAGAAUGAGAGUGAUCUUGAUGGUGCUAGCCGCACUGCAAAGAAGUUGAUCGAAUAUGGCGCUGACUUCGAUGCAAAAGACAAGGAAGGUCGCAGCCCCCUGUAUUACGCGGCUUAUUACGGAAAUUUGAAAGUAAUACAGCUACUGAUAGAAAGAAAAGCUCAACUCGACUCCACAGACAAAAACAGUGAGACAGCUUUGAUUGCUGCUUGCAGAAAACACCAUGAGGCUAUUAUAAGGGUUCUCGUCGAGGCUGGAGCAGAUGUGAAGAUUAAAAGCCUUUUCGGUACUGCCCUUCACUUCAUUUCCUCUAUUGGAUGUAGCCAUUGUGCUGAAACAAUACUUAAAUAUUGCGGAAAGCUCAGGAAAAUUCGAAAUGACGGGCCAUUUGGAACUUCAAUGCAUGCUGCUGCAUUUAAUGGUCACUCAAAUCUGGUUAAGCUCUUUUGCUCAGAAGGAAUGUCUGUUCGUGUAGCAGAUAGAACAUACGGAAGCCCUGUGACAGCCGCAGUUGCGGGGCUUAACCCCGGCCUGGACCCAGCCCCUUUCGUGGAGAUCAUUCAGGAACUGAUCAGACAUGGGGUGAAUAUCAAUGACCAAAACGGUGAACUAGGACCAGCUCUUCGUAUAGCAGCAUAUCAUGGUUAUCCAAAUAUUGUGCGUCUGCUCUUAGAAAAAGGUGCCAAGGUCCGCAAAGCCACUGGUCCAAUGGGUACGGCUUAUGAUGCUGCAUCAGACCGCGGGCACGAUGAAAUCAUGAAACUUUUGUUGGGCAGUGAUCCAAAUGCUGCAGACUACGCUGGCUUAUCUGCCUCCAAAGCUCAUGAUCAGCAACAAAUCCAACGCAAAUUGUUCAAAAGCGCUGUCCAAGCAAGUAGUAUGGAUACAAUCAACAAGCUCAUUGAACAGUUUGUUAUUCUCUUUGGAAAUGAAAUCAGAAAGGGUGAAACCACAUUUCUUAAGCGGCUAGCAAAACUUGCCGAAAACGUCUUCGAAGACGUGACAACAUUGGCAACAAAGAUCCACGAUGAUUCCGAUACACCCAAGAGAAAAAGAAACUUUGGCCGCAGACAUUUUCAUCGAGACAGGCUGUUUAGCAUUUUGUGUAUGGGGUUAGCACGCAAAGAUUUCGAAGAUGAUGAUCAUGAUUCAACCUCAGCAAUGAGGCAUGCUAGUGAAGCGUCUCCCGGUUAUCGCGGAGCUGCGACUAAUUUGGCCCAAAACAGUUUUGAAAAGCACUUCCCACAAGUUCUGAAUCUACUGACUCAAGCUGCAGUGAAGAUCCUGGAGAAUGCCAUUGAGAAUAAGGAUAGAGCUGUGAUUAGGCUAACUGCCAAUACGUGGAUUGAUGGAUUGAACAACCUUGUCUCCUAUCCUAUUUUUGGCCAGUUUAUGUUGACUAAAGUGGUUCAGAGGCGUGCGGCUGAACUCAAGCAACACUUGAUCGACCCAGACUUGAGCCCAGAUGAAAGAUUUAAGAAAGCCGAGGCUCUAGCUCUUGUGGGCACUGAACUACUUUUGACAGCCGUUGGGCGCGGCCAGAAGUUCAAGCACCUGUCCCUUGUUAUUUCUAAGCUUUGGAUCAAGGCUAUUAAUGAUGUCGAGAGCCUGGGUGAAGCAGGGAAGGCAUCAAUAAAAGAGUUCAUACGAGCUUUUGUGGAGCGGUUCUCAGAAGCAGUCACAAACAAAGAUCAAAUCAACGCCGAAACAUGUACAAAGGCUGGGAUAGAGAUCAUGAGAGCAGUAUCCAUUGAUAAGAAUGAGACAUUGCUGGAGAAUUUGAGCAAUGAGUGGGUGAUACAAUGGGCUAUGGCUAUUGAAAAAAAUAUGGAAUAUGUAGUCAAAGAGCCGAUCCAUCAAAUGUUGAAAGAUUACCAAGCAUGCUUAAAGGACAACAAGUACAACGAAGGUAUUGGUCUCGCAAUUACAGGUAUUGCAGUUCUUCGCUCGGCUUUCAAGCAAAAAGAAAGCCCAGCAGCAUUGGUACUCCAGCCUUUCAUCGAAGAUGGCUUUGAAUUGACGCAAAAAUUUCUUGCACGGUGUGAUACACCUACUGCUGCGGAAAAUUUGAAGUCAUUCCCGGUUGAGAUUCAGGAUCUAAGAGCUUUGCUUAACUCCAUUAUCAGCUUGCUUGCGAUAGAAGAGAUACAGCACCACCGCUUAUCAGUGAGGCCUUUGGUUUCGCAGAUUCUUGAUCUCGCACAAGUUACUGUAGACUAUCGCUCCCAAGAACUUUCUCAAGCUUUUACCCAGUGCGUUGAAGAGGCCGAUCAAAUCUUCUUUCCCCUUGAGCAAGAUGAGCGACUCCUUCAGAUUGGUAGAGCAGUUUUUUGUUUACUUGAGGUGGCGUUAUACAAGAAAGAGAAAUAUUCCAAUGUUUUGUCAAUACUGAGAGGGGCGGCUCUGAAUGGUAUGAUUAGGGUAUCGACCUUUAUCGGAAGUGGUCGAUUGGUAGAAUAUGAUGGAGUUAUUAAGUAUCUGAACCUUUAUUAA